UUUCCUUUUCUCCCUCCUUAUUUCUUCCCACCCUAUUUCACUUCUUCCUCUCUGUGCUCUGUUUAGAUGAGUGGUUUUCCAAAGGAAAGAAGGAUGUAGAUGAUGGAAGUGCAGAUAUGGUUGAUAUUCCAAAGAGAACGACACCUGCCAGAGGUUAUGAGCUUUUGUUCCAGCCUGAAGUGGUUCGUGUUUACACGUCACUGCUCAAAGAGAGCCAGAACCCAUCGGUGCUCGAGGCUGCUGCCGGCGCCAUCCAGAACCUGUGUGCUGGCCGGUGGACUUAUGGUCGGUAUAUCAGGGCAAAGGUGCGUCAUGAGCAGGGACUCCCCAUGAUGGCAGAACUGCUGGCUCAUGGCAAUGAUCGUGUGGUCCGUGCAAUGUCUGGAGCUUUGAGGAAUCUUGCCAUUGACAACCGAAACUGUGAACUGCUAGGUUUGCAUGCAGUGCCUCACCUUGUGGCCAACCUGCCUGGAGCCCAGAAUCAGUCUGGGCGUAAUCUAUCCGAGGAGACAGUUGUGUCUGUACUGAGCACGCUCAGUGAGGUGCUAGGCAACAGAUUGGAGCCAGCAAAGGUCCUUCGAGAGAAACGAGGCAUCGAGAGCCUGGUGCUAAUCAACAAAGAUGGCAAGCGCUCUGAUCGCGAAGUGCGGGGGGCGAGCCAGGUCCUGCAGCUCGUCUGGGCUCACAAGGAACUGCGCCGACCUCUUGAGAAAGACGGCUGGAAGAAAACGGACUUCAUGGUUAACAUUAACCCAGGCACCACUACCACUAACGGCCCGAGCACUCGAGCUAACGGCACCUAUGAAGACAGCACUACACCCCUCCUGGACAGAGGGGAAAAGAGGGACAUGAUUCCCCUGAAUGACAUUGGCCCUGAGGCCUACUCUACACUGGACCAGAAAGAAAGGAGACACACUCUGGAUGAGACCACAGACACUUUACCGCGAGGGGUGUAUGGGGGCAGAAAGGGCUCCCUGCCUCUAUUGGACUCCUACGAUGAAAAACUGAUAGUUUGCAUCACCCAGACUGGGCCGUCCCUGCCCUACCACUGCUACUGAGGAGAGAAGAUCCAGACUCUCCCUCUCCUCACCUCUUCCUUUCCCCGUUUCUCUCUCUUAUCACCACACAAAUGGGAUCAAAACAUGGGGGCGGGGGGGUUGGCAUCCAAAGAAAGUGGUUGUGUUGCAGGCAAAGACUUUCAAGCAACACACACGUGCAAAUUCAGUUGUAGCAGCAGAAAUGUAUUCCGUUUAUAACUUAUAAUUAUUCUGUAAAGGCAAUCACCUUUGUUGACAAUCAUUUGAUUCUGGUGUUGUCCUCUGGCUUGCUUUUUUUUUUUUUUUUUUUUCAUGCUGUUAACUUUUUUUUCUCUUUUUUUUUUUUUUUCCUCUUGGCAAUUUUAUUGUCAUGUUACAGCCACCUGACAUUGGCCCUGAUAAGUUUGUAUUUAGACAUUUAAGUAGGGUAUAUACUGUAUAUAAAAAGAAAAGGGGGGUGACUGCAGUAGUUUUGGCUCAUUAAUUUAAUUAAUGGGAGGUUGGGACACACCGACAGCCCGCCCUGUAGAUUGAGAAUGUUUAUAUAGGAGUUAUUUUCCUGUCUAGAGUUAUUUUCUCUCAGUUGGGAUGACAAGAAAGGGCAGGUGUGUGUAUAUUUAUCAUACAGUAAACCUGUGGGUGUGUGUGUGUGCACGUGGAAAAUGAAUAUGGACCUUUUGAAUGAUAGUGUGUUGAUCCAGAUGACACCACAUGUUUUUCCAUCAGUUAUGCUUUUUUUUUUUUUUUUUUUUAAUUGUGUGCUCCUCUUCCUGUGAUGAAGCUGUUCUUGUUUUGUUCCCUUUUGUCCCUCCCCACAUGGAACAUUUAGGAGAAUUUCAGCUGCUUUAUUUUGGAUUUUCCUGUUUGGGUUUAGCCAACUAAACCAGCCAACACUUCAGACCUGGUACUGAGAUGAAGCUGUGAACAAACACUACUAAGCCACUAAAAUAUUUCGACAUACAGCUUCAGAAGGCCCUUAACCAUUCCUGUACACCUGCCUGUUCAUCUUUUCUUUUUCUUUCUUUUUUUUUUCUUCUGGACCAGCUGAAGUGACUUUGGAAGAAAUUUAAAUAUAAAAUUCUGUAGCUGUUUUUUAUACAUGCUUGACUGUAUUAAAACAUUUGGGAGGCUUCUGUACUCAGAGGAGACUCGAGUUUUAACAGGUUGGGAGAGAUACAGGUGUAAUUUAAACUGGGAGGCUGGCAGAAGGCACAUUUUGUUUUUGGGUUUGUUUUUUUUUUGUAUUUCUUUGUGCGUCUGUUUCUUUUUAUUUUCUGGAGGUUUAUAUGUAUGGGAGUGGUGGAUGAGAGCAUUAUGCAAUUUGUUCUACUUUAUAAUUCCACUUUUACAUCAGAGUUGCUUUAAAGGCAAAAGAGACCAAUCAUCUUUUUGUUUUUUACUCUUCACACACAUAGUAUAUUUGUACUGUUGCCUAUCCAUGUAAAAUUAUGAUGUACCAUUCAUUACCUGCCUUGGCUCUGAGAAGUUGCUUUCGUUUUUUCUUUUUUCAGUGACGUAUGUAACUGGUUGUUUUUUAUAAAUAAAGAUCUUUUCCUAGACAA